AAGAUAAACAAAACAGUGUGUAAGCCACCUUUAUUUAUUUAUUUGUUUGUUUGUUUGUUUGUUUCUUUCUUUCUUUCUUUUAAAACUCGAAUAAAUUUGUUUUUUUUUUCUCUACCUGAAGGUGGUAAAAUAUCAGUUUAUUCAACACUGAAGGGUUUUCUUCCGUUUAGAAAUCUUAAUCGUCUCACCAAUAACUAAAACUCGACAUGACACACUGCUGCCUCUUCUUGUGUAGUGCGCUAGUGCGCUUUUGUGCUGUUUGUGACCGAGCCUCACUUUGACAUUUGGCCCAUGUGAGUGGAGGAAAGCGAGAAGAGGACAGAGGAAUAAAGGAGUCACUUCUUUCGCUCAAAUGUAGACUCUUCCUUGUUGAACAGACAUUUUCGUGUGUAAAUAAGAAGGAAAACUAAGCGGUUGGUACCAAUGCAGCCAUGACCUCCGUGUGGAAGAGACUUCAGCGCGUCGGCAAGAGAGCGUCAAAGUUCCAGUUUGUUGCGUCCUUUCAUGAACUUACCGUCGAGUGCACCAAGAAAUGGCAGCCAGACAAACUGAGAGUGGUUUGGACCAGACGAAACAGACGAAUCUGCACUAAGCUUCAUGGCUGGCAGCCUGGCAUCAAGAAUCCGUACAGAGGGACAGUGUUGUGGCAGCUGCCUGAGAAUGUGGAUAUUACAGUCACACUCUUUAAGGAUCCAAAUGCUGAUGAAUUUGAAGACAAAGAUUGGACACUUAUCAUUGAAAAUGAGACAAAGGGUCAUCGAAAAGUUCUAGCAUCAGUGGAUGUAAACAUGAAGAACUAUGCCAACGCCACUUCAGCCACAUUUGACCUGACGCUCAAACUGAAGCCACUCUCGGUGAAAGUUGUGGACGCUACACUGAAGCUUACCCUGACCUGCAUCUUUCUUAAAGAGGGCAAGGCCACUGAUGAGGAUAUGCAGAGUUUAGCUAGUCUAAUGAGCCUUAAGCAUUCAGACAUCGGAAACCUGGAUGACUUCAACGACAGUGAUGAAGAGGACAAGAGGACGAGUACAGGAACGAGCAAAAGUGUGGCAGCUACAGCUCCUCUUCCUCCUGUCAGAAAAGAUCAUGAUGAAGCAUGGAGGCCUGCUGUAAACAUAAACCCUUUUGUCACAGAGUUGCACAGACAGCUGAGCAUAUUGCAAGAGGAGGAUUAUCCUACUGCAGUCUAUCCUGGUGAGGAAAAUGCAGAUACCAAAACAUCAAAUGCUCAACAAUCCGAAGACUCCAAAAGCAAAGCUGGACAUAUGAUCAUAGCCAAUCAUGGGUCAGACAGAGAAUCAGCGUUUAAACAGCAGAUCGUGAUGCCAGAACCAAGACCUGAGAGUAUGGUCUCUCAAAUGCAGUCUACCUCCAAAUCCCCCAGUGUCCCACAGGCCCAUUCACUUGAGGUGCCUAAAUAUGACAUGGGUGUGGCUGAGAAGACACCUUGCAAUACAGCUUUACAAACUAUUCCAUCACCUGUCAUAGACAAAGAGUACAUGCCCCCCUUGGCUGAAGUCAAGUGCACCCUAUCACAAGAGUCAAUAGCGGUGCAGGCAAUUUGUCUGGAUAAAGAAGAGAGCUUAAAGCUUACAAAUGAGCCUAGAAAUUUGCACAAUAUCCCAAAAGAUGAAAAUGAACAAGAAAUAAACCUUGCCACAGAGUUGACAUUUAGCCCAGAUAAGACUAAAAUUGAUCAGGGAGCAAACAGUAUUGCAACUUUCCUUCCCUUUUGUCCAAGAACACCUGUUUCCCCUUGGUCAUCAACAUGUGACAAUGGCUCAACUAGGAUAAGAGAGGAGGUCAAUAAUCUCCCCACUGGCUACCAGAAAUCGAAUCAAUACAAUGAAUCUGUGAAAAAUAUUGCGGAUGUAUCAGAAUGUUCUGAUAAUGCACACAGUCCACAAUUUGCACAGGUCCAUAAGGCAAAAAUAAAAGCAGAUAAUAAUGAGUCAAAUAAGACUGACUUUUUUAUGUCUGCUGAAGCCUCACACAUUUUUUUAUUCCCAUCUGGGGAGCAUAUUAAAAUGGAGGAGGAUAUACAGUUGCCUAAAGAUGAAAUUUUGUUACUGGAGGACAGUCAAGAGAAAAGAAUAAAUACAUUGGCACCUAAGGAUACAGAAUAUCAAGACAGACAAUACUUUGAAGAUGCACGUGAGUCUCAGCUGAGCAAAAGUACUAUUCCGGACAUCGCCUUACUUCAGAGGUCAACGGUUGAUAAUUCUAAGAUAUACAGAGAGCCAUGCAUGGUCAGUAUUCAUCCAUCCUGCCCAAGAGCUGCAAUUGUACCUGGCUUGCCAUCCUUAUACUUGCAAGAAAAUGCUAUCAAAUGGCUGUUACCUGAAGAUACAAUAAGCAUAAUAUCAUGUAAGAAGGAACCAGCUAUGCUUAUUCACCAUUUGGGAAUACAGUAUAAUGACAUUAAAACACUGAAAAAAAUGAUUUUACUGAAGCCAUCUUGCCCAAAAUCUGUCAGCGUUCCUGGAUUUCCGUCUGUAGCCCUUGAUACUGUGGACAUACCAAGCAGCGUUAAUUUCCUACCAACUUGUUCGAAAGCCUCAAGCAUUUCUGGCCUACCUUCAAGACUACCAUUAACAAUCUCAGACCCAGAAAGCUGGCUCAAAAAUAACAUGAUUUUAUGUGAAAGAAAAAAGAAGGAAAGUAGGGUGCAGAUCCUACACUCAUUUAAAGAGAGCUCAGAUAUGUAUAAAGCAAUGAUUCUUAUAAGACCAUGUUGCUCCACAGCAUCUAAGGUUCCUGGAUUUCCAUCUCUUCCAAGGUCCAUACCACAAGAGCAUCAGAGUAUCAUAAAUAUGUUACCAUCUUGUCCAAAAAUGUCCAGUAUUGCAGGGUUUCCUUCAGUGCUUCUCAGUAUUGAGCAAGAUCUCUUACUGUACCAAUCUGACAACACACCACUAUUUGUGAUGCAAAGUAAGAAGGAUAAAGUAAGUGUUAUUCAUGAUUUGGGAAAGCCAUAUGAUGAUAUUAAACAAGUGAGAAAUAUGUUGUCACUGACAUUAACAUGUCCAACAACUGCUGCUUCUGGUUUCCCAUCUGCACCAAUCCAUAUUGAAAAAGCCCCUAAUGCAGUCAAUCUAUGUCCAACUUGUCCCACAACUUCAAAGAUUUUUGGCAUGCCUUCAACAUUGCUUGCCAUUGAGCCAGACGAUAAACAUAAGCAUACAGACAGUGUAAUAUUAUGGAGAAGAGAACUGAGAAAAAUUGAACCACGCAUUCUUGUUAUGUUUAUAUAUAAUGCAGAAACAACCAAAUCAAUGAGUCUUAUAAGAUCUACCUGCUCAUCACAAUCAAGGAUCCCUGGAUUCCCAUCUACCACAAAGCGAAGUUCCAAGAAACACCCAAAUAUUGUAAAUAUGAUGUCGUCCUGCCCAAAUAAUUCAAAGACUGUUGGUUUCCCAUCUGUAACAAUUAUUAGAACAGAUCAAGAUAUUCAGCAAUGGAGAUUAAACAGUGAACAAUUCAUUCAAAUACCAAAGAAGAGAAUGUCAAACAUUAUUUCGAAUCAGGUUUUAGACACAUUUAAGGAAAACGUUGAUUUUGUUAAGACUAUGGUGGCCUUUGUGCCAUCAUGCCCCAAACAAGCAUGUUCUCCUGGCUUUCCCUCCAUAACAACACCGAAUUAUGAGAGCUCAUGGUGCUUCCCAUCUGCACCACUACCAAAAUCAGAAAAGCAUUUACCAUCAACCAGUGUUAUAGAAACCUAUACCCCAGUGAGGUUCGAGUCAUCUCUCACAUCAAACUUUUCUAUGACACAUCAUCCUAUUACAGUUCUAACAGAAGAAAACAAAUCUUCAAAGGAGUGUUAUGUUGCAAUGCAGCAUGUAUCAAAUAGUUCAGAUGCAAAUGAACUGACUCAUAUCAAUGAAACUAAAUUGAAUGCUAGUUCCCUGGAAGAGACCAAAGAAGAUAUAGGAGUCUGGACAAAAAGUGAGGAAGGAGAAAAGGGAAUUCUGGAGAGUGGCAAAAUAGACUGCAGAAUGUGGCAUUCCCUACCUCCAGACAUGCCAUUAUUACUCACUGCUGCAGAAAGAAUUGAACGCACAGAUGCUGAUUGCCAAACUACAGAUGAAUACACACACAGGGAACACUCUGCUUAUGAUGAGUAUACAUUUGAGAACCUGACACAAAGACCACAACAACUCAGAUCUAGAUAUGAGGAUGAAAAAGAGACAGUGGAAGACACAUGUAAUUUGGAGCCUUCUGUUUGUAAUGCUCAGUCCAGGCCACUGCAUGUCCAGUGGCUACCCAACAUGGCAGAUCUCUUUCCAUCAUGUCCAAGAAUUUGUAGCGUUCCUGGGUUUCCAUCUACAGCUAUGACAAAUGCUUAUGAGACAGAGGGAAUGGACUGGCCUAGAGAUGUAAAGACAUUGUGGAAAAAGGGACCAAAAACAGUAGAAAACCUUCAGUGCAUGGCGAUAUCUCAGUUUGAUACAAAAAUGAUUGGAAAUAUCGUAUCACUGGCCUAUUCAUGCCCCCGUGAAACAAGUAUUAUAGGUUUUCCUUCUGCCAUUAGUGGAAAAAUAGUAGAAAUAUCCUCCAAAAGUACACCUUGCAGCAAGACAUCCAGAGUAUCUGGUAUACCCUCAAGCUCCGUAAUUCAAGAGGAUAAGCCGGAUGUGGAGUGGUUAAACAGCAAAGGGUGUUUAUGGGACAAACAAUUAAAGGAAAAAAACGCCUUCAUCAUAAACACACCAGUUCAAUAUACUGAGAUUUCCAGUAUGAUAGUGGCAAUUGUUCCAACUUGCCCUGAGCGAACAAUCAUUCCUGGUUUUCCAUCUGCACCUUACUCCAAAGAAGGAUGGAAGUGUGAAACCAUGGAAAAGUGCUCAACAGUAUUUACUGCAUCUGUAGUGAUUGGGCAUACUUUGAGAAAUUCACCAGCAACUCAAGUAGAUGGAUUUGCCACUACAUCAGAACCUCAAGCCAAAGUUGUUCCAAGUGUGUCAAAGCUUCAUCCAACAUGUCCAAUGAUCUCUAGAAUUCCUGGAUAUCCAUCUAAACAAGAAUCUAUCAAUGUGGAAUGGAUCAGUGAUCAGACACUAAUUUUAAGCAAACAAUUCAAUGGAAAAACAUUUCACUUUACAGAAAAUUCUAAGGAUGCAGAGUACAUAAAUAAAAAUAUGACUUUAUUAUCAACCUGCCCUCUUGCAGCACGCAUUCCAGGUUUUCCUUCUGCACAGCAACGUAAAAGUCAGGAGCCAAAAAUGCAAAACUUUCGCCCGUCUUGCCCAAAGCUCUCCCACAUAGCUGGAUGUCAGAGCAUACAGACCCCUAGAUCAUCAAAUUGGCCAACCAAUCCAAUGAUUCUGAUGGAUAAGCAAACUAAGAAGCCUACAAUUAUUACAAAGAAAGCAAAAGAGAACAAAAUCUUAAUUGAAAGAAAUGUUGCUUUGCUACCAGUGUGUCCAUACAAAACCUGCAUUCCAGGUUUUCCAUCUGUUCCAGAACCAAAAAUGGAAAAUAUUCUUCCUGCUUGUCCAAAAAGGUCUAACACUGUUGGAUUCCCUUCUAAAGAGGGAACAAUGCAUUUAGACUUGUUAGUUGAUAGUCUAAAUACAAUUCAGUUGUGUUGCAGUGCACCAAAACAGAAGUUAUUUUUUAUUAAGAACAAAACAGACGAUACCAGAGACUCACUGAAAAAUAUGUUUGCCUUAGCACCAACUUGUCCAACACAGACAUUAAUAGCAGGAUUCCCAUUUGCACUAAAACCCAAAGUUUUUUUCAAUAUGGUGAAUCUUCAGCCAUGUACUUCAAAAACAUCAAUGAUUGUCGGGCUCCAAUCAAGAGAGAGAACCUAUACACAUACAUGGUUUUUUGAGAAAAAAUCUUUGUGGGAGAAAUCAUUAAAUUCAAGAUCAGAUAUUCAUGAUCAGUGCUACUUUGUAUCUCCUUGUGACCAAUUAGACCAUGACAAUAGGAAGAAAAUUAUUGCUUUGGUGCCAACCUGCCCAAGAGAAGCUCAAUCCCCUGGUUUUCCUUCUAUACCUUACAUCAAAGUUAAUAAAUUCUAUUUACGUAAAGAGCCGGACAUGAGAAAUUUACUGAAUUCUUGCCCAGGGUUUGCUCGUGCUUCAGGCUUUCCUUCAGUAAAUUCAGUUAUCUCAGUUGAGCCAUCAUGGGAGGUUCUAGAGACGCCAACAUGGGUUAAACCUGCAACAAAGAAAUCGGUUUUAAUUGCAAGUACAUCCCAACAUUUUGACCAAUAUGUAAAAAUUGAACAGCUUGCACCAACAUGCCCUGAUAAAGCUAGAAUCCUUGGAUUUCCAUCUGUAAGAAAGUUUAUGUAUUCUAUGACUGCUCUCUUACCAUCUUGUUCAUAUGCAUCUGGUAUAACCGGAAUGCCAUCUAGGGACAAUAUAACUCAAGAUCUUACUCAGUUAGACAGGGUGUUACCUGCUCGGCCACUAUUUGCAGAAAAACCUACGAAGACAAAUACACUUUUGGUUUUUGAUGAUCUUCGUACAGUUGAGGAAAAAACAGUUAUGUCCUCUUUGGCCUAUUGUUCCCCAAGCAAAGCAAGAACUCCUGGAUUCCCAUCAAUGCCUGCAAUACCUUCCACACAAAUCAGCAUGUCUGUAGCAAACCACAAUCUAACCCAGACCCAAACAGAGCCCUGUCAAAUGGCGCUGAAUGUUACACCUCAUAAGAUAGACAAAUUGGAUCUAAAUAUGGAUGUCAAAUUAUCUGAUACAUCCACAGAAAUAAAAAAGACAAAAGAAAUUCAUGAAGGACAUACAAUUAUCAGCAGAAGUCCACUACAUGAAAAUCAAACCUCAGAAGAACACACUGUGGACAACACUACAGACUACUCAGAGAUUGAUAUAACAUCUGGAUGGGAGGUACUGGAUGCAGAGGAUCCUUUUACAGAAAAAGAAGCUUCAGGGCUUGUUGAAACCAUAGUUGGUGUUUUUCACAAGGGUUUUGAGACAGUAGCCGCAAUGUUGCAGUCAUCUGGUUCUGGAGAGGAUGAAGAUAGGCAGUUGACCACUGAUGACCUCUGUUGUUCAGUGGAUCCGGAAAACAGCAUUAGCGUGAAACCCAGACUGUCUCGGUGUGAACCUGCUGAGGAGCCAAUCCUGCAGAAGGCAUUACAUGUUUCAUCAACUGAACCUCAAGUGUUUAAUAUCCCAGUAAGUGCUGAACCAUACACGUGGCACUUGGCUGACAGUCGGUCUGAGACGUCCUUGUGCUCUAAAGAUGUUGAAAGCUGGCUUACUGGUAACAGAGAACAUAACCAGAUGAAGAAGUGGCCUCCACUAACGGAAGCAGACCUACAUGAGAUUACCAAAGAAGAGGAAGAAAAUGUCCCACUCACUUUACCUCAAAGCAGUGAAACAACCAAAAAGAAAAUUUUUGAUUUUGAUGAGAAUACUGAAGAAGAGCUUUUAGAUAAGCCAUUCUUGAGCGAGAAGGGGCCACAGAAUCAUAGGGCUCAAGAAACCUCUGCAUUUCUCCAGCCUACAAGAAGCAAGCCUCAGAGAGAAGACAUGACAUUUUUUGAAACAUCCCAACAAAAACAAUCAGCAGUUGGAAAUGAAGAUACCUCUGUUUUAACAUCCAGUCAACCACCACCACUGAAGUCUAGCCUGAACUCCAGACUUCAAGAAUGUUCUUUGACCGCAGUCAUGAAAGACCAGAAAACAAUUUCUUCUUGCCCAAAUGUAUCAGUUGCUUUACCUUGUGUCAGCAAGGUAAACAGUAUUGUGACAGAGGAAUCCUCACACACUAAGGAACAUGUAGCUGUUGUAAACCAGGCUGAAAGUCUAUCUGAAAGUCUAUCUGUUGGCAAGCCCAUGUCUUUAGAUAUUCCCCUGACAUCUGCAGAUGAUUCUUCUACUGAAACCGUGCUGCAGAGUCCCACUGUUCAACCUGUCCCAAUGCCUCGGGUAAAGAAGCGCCUUAGUGCUUCUUUACCAGAUGAUUACCGAGUGGAAAGUGGUACGACUCAAAUAAGCACUGGUGGUAUUUGCCCAUCAGACAAUAGUGAGGCAUCAAAUGUGUCUGGCAUUUCUAAAACUUGUGAUGUUGGAAAUAAAACUGAAAUGCAGAGAAAGAUGUCCUCCAAAGAUAUCACUGAUUCCAAAACUGAUAUAAAAUCAACUACUGAUACCCAGCCUGGCAAUGGAAAAAUAGAGCAAAUUGAAAUCAAGGUGAAAUCAGUAGAUCAAGUCAAGCUCACAGAGCCUCUACUCCCGGUGCCUCGUAUGAGGAAGCGUUUGAGUGCUUCUUUUAAUGAUGAUACUCCACCUGUGACAUCCCCCACUCCAUUUGUCCUUGAUCAAGAACAAAAAGAAGCACCUCCACCAGUUCCAGCACCUCGUUCGAAGAAACGCCUCAGUGCUACGUUCCCAGAUGAAAAUCCUUCCGAAAAGAACCUAGUUGUUUCCUUUGUGGAGCAAUCUGAAAGCACGCCACCUGUUCCUUCAAAUAAGUCUUCAUUACAUUUCUCAGAAAAGACUGUCAAAGGGCUUGAACUAGAGAGUAACAAAUCACUAAGUAGUCUAUUAAUUAGUGUGAAAAAAUGUACAGCCUGUCCAGAAAUGUCUUACACUAAUCAUGAAGGCAGCAGACAGCUGGGUGAAGACACUGUCAGGGAGAAAGUUUGUGAAUCUGCUAAAACAAUAUGUGAGACUGACACAAGCAAGGUUCCAGACACUGUGGGUAAAAUACAAAGACAAGAAAAGAGAUCCAGUGAGACAAAUCAGGAUGUAGAAACAAAUGAGAAAGAUGAUGGGCAGGGAAAAGGAGAAGAUAAGGUUCAACUGGCUACUGUGUCUUUAGAUGAAACUGCGGCAGCAUUAGAUUUAAAGAGACAAGCCAAAGAGGAUUCUUCAAGCCUGCCUCUCCCAAGGCCUCGUGUGAAGAAAAAUAUAAGCGCAUCAUUCCAGGAUGAUACCUCAGUUCCUAGUGAUGAAAUAACCUUUCCAGGAAAAGAAUCUAGCAUUAAUAAAACAGUUCUCACCAAAAGGAAAACAUCAACAGAAGCCAUGGUCCAGCAUGGUAGUUCUCCAGCAAACUCUGCUGCAGCCAAUGAGGCAGAGACAACAAGCCUUGUAGAUUCCAGUCAGUCUCUUCUAGAGUGGUGCCAAGAGGUAACAAAAGGUCACAAAGGAUUGAAGAUCACAAACUUCAGCACCUCCUGGAGAAAUGGUCUUGCUUUCUGUGCCAUCCUCCAUAGUUUCCAUCCUGAUAAAAUGAAUUUUGAAAUGUUGGAUCCUUAUGACAUUAAGCAGAACAACAAAAAGGCUUUUGACGGCUUCGCUGAACUGGGCAUCUCCAGGUUGCUCGAGCCUUCUGACAUGGUACUACUGGCCGUGCCUGACCGUCUCAUUGUUAUGACUUACCUCAGUCAGAUUCGAGCACACUUUACUGGCCAGGAACUCAGUGUGGUACAAAUUGAACAGAACAGCAAUGAGUCAAGCUAUGCUGUGGGAGAGAAAAUACAGAACACAGACCCUGAAGCUGCUGCACGCUAUUAUGCCGAGAGAUUCCAGACCAGCCAGCUUGCUCAAGCGACAGCUGGGAAUGUCCCUGACAAAGAGACCAAGGAGAAUCUAAAUACCAGUGGUAGUGUCGUACCACCACCUCGACCAAAACGGACUCAAGGGGCAAGUCAAUCAGGAGGCUCAGAGGGAGCCCACGCUCCGGUCGCUCCUCCAAGAACUCACUCUUCAUCCACCAAGGGCUUUUCACAUUUGAAGGAUGCAGAUUUAGUAAAGAAGCGGCGAUCACAGAUAAGAGGGGAGUCUUUUGAAGAGAAUGAGAUGUCAGAGAAAACAACUGAAGCAGAGAGUGGAACAAGUUAUACUGAGAGUGGAGCAGCCAAAGCACCCUCAGGAGGAUUGGAGUGUGGGGAACAGGGAAAAGUUGGAACUGGCCAGGAUGUCAGCCAGUACGUCCUGAGUGAGAUGCAGGCCGUGGAGGCAGAGCAGAGGCAGAUAGAUCGCCGGGCUGACAUUGUAGAGAGGAAACUAAGAAGAAUUAUGGAGUCUGGUAGUGAUCGUGUAGAGGAAGAGAAACUGAUUCAGGAGUGGUUCAUGCUAGUUAACAAGAAGAACGCCUUGAUCAGGAGACAAGACCAACUACAAUUACUACAAGAAGAGCAUGAUUUGGAGAGGAGGUUUGAACUGCUAAAGGGAGAGCUUAGAGAUCUCAUGGCAGUAGAAGAAUGGCAGAAGACUCAGGCCCAUAAAACCAGAGAACAUUUGCUGCUGCAAGAGUUGGUGUCUCUUGUUAACCAAAGGGACGAACUGGUCCAUGACAUAGAUGCCAAAGAGAGAGGGGCUUUGGAAGAAGAUGAAAGGUUGGAAAGAGGCCUGGAGCAGAGACGAAGGAAGUAUGAAAGUCAAAAAGAGAAAUGUGUAUUGCAGUAAAGGAAUAAGAUGGUCAAAGUGAUGUUAACAUUAAGAGGCUGUUGGCAAACAACAAAAGUCACUUUAUAUAAAACUAGUGAAGAAAAUGGAGAAGAAGAAGAAGAAGAAGAAGAAGAAGGAGAAGAAGGCGGAGAACUGGAAGAAUCACCAAAAACUAUGAACAGGAUUUUGUUUUGACUGUGUGGGUUGCACAUGGAGAUUUGUAGUCCUUUUGCACUUCAGUAAGAGAAACUGGUUAUUUAGGAGGUCACUUAGUGUCCAUUUGAUUUUGAUGAGCUUCUUUUGUAAAAUUUAAGACACUUCUACUGGGUCGAGUUCAGGAUACACUUAUAAAUGGUUUAUAAGCAGAUACUGCUAUACAGUACAUUGUGUCAUUUAUACAGUCUGUUGAUGCAUUUGAACAUUAAUGCAUACAGAAUAUAAUAUAUUGCAGUGCCAUAGCAGUGAAUGUAUGAUUUAAAAAUGUGUUGCCUUUAGUACAGGCAAAUGGCAGAUGAUAGCUUUCAGUAGAUAUCAGACACUGAAUACUGAAACUGAAAGUCAAAAAGAAAAGUAUUUUUAUUAAAUACUUUAUACUUAAGAAGAACAUGAUUCUCAAAUCUAUUCAAAACUACAUUCUGACCUAUAUGCUACAUACGUGUUAUUCAACAGUGACAGACAAGCCUUAACAAAGAAAGGUAUUAAGAUGUCUGUGUGAACUAAACAUUUUAAAGAAAUGCAGUAAAAGAAAAGAGUUUUGGUUAAUCCACCAUUUUGCAAAAUGUGUGAAUUUAUAUCUGUGGUUUGGUAUUUCCUGUUUCUGUGCAAUUUGGUCUUCCACACAGAGCAAGAAGUUAUUAAACUAUGGUAAAGCCUGCUUUAAAAAAAGAUUUAGAAAAAUAUAGUAAACAAACCCCCGUAUAGUAAUAUAGAGUACACACACACACUGCUGCUCUAUCUACUGCCAUUAAUUAUUAUCUAGUAGGUCUUUAGUGCAACUUACUGUACUUAAGUUUUAUGUUAAUAUUAUUUUGACUGGUAUUUUCUGUUACUUAUUUAAAAUAUAGUAUACAAACAUGCAUCACAGUGCAACAGCACAGAACCCUGAACUUUUUAGCCUUCCUUCUAUCCAAGCCGAAAAGAUUCAGUACCAGAAACAGAAAUAUAUUUAAACACACACACACCACUGCAGUUUGCUGUGUAACAGAAUAUUUGUGUUGACUUCAGCAUAAAUGAGUAUUUCUGAGCAGUUUUUAAAAACAGUAUUAGUUUUGACAGUCUCUUUCUCAAAAGCUAUUUAUGUAUGUAUUAAUCUAUGAGUGUCUUGGUGUUUUCUUUUGUUGCAUUGUUUUAACGUGUUGAACGUUAACUGCUGAGCAUUUUGGCCUCUGCCUUGCAGUGUCACUGUUUGCUAUAAAGAAUAUAAUAAUAUAAGUAUUCUUGUUGUCUGACAUCCUGCACUUUUAAAACUGCACUGUUUUAAAGAGUUUGUGGGAAAAUAAAAGUCGAUUCAUAUGUGUUUCAGA